UUGCUCCCCCCCAUCCCUCCUCUCCACCCACCCCUUCCCCCUUUUCGCCUUGUCGGGUGUGUUUUUUGCCUGUUGGAAAAGUCCCCGCUGCCCAGGAUGGGGGUCGGUGGGUGCUUGGCCCUGCCCUGGAGGUGCCUGGUCGUCCUCUGUCUCAGGCUGCUCUUCCUUGUGCCCGCAGGAGUGCCCGUGCGCAGCGGAGAUGCCACCUUCCCCAAAGCCAUGGACAACGUGACAGUGCGGCAAGGGGAGAGCGCCACGCUCAGGUGCUCCGUGGACAACCGGGUGACCCGGGUGGCCUGGCUGAACCGCAGCAGCAUCCUCUAUGCCGGCAAUGACAAGUGGUGCUUGGACCCUCGGGUGGUGCUCCUGGCCAACACCAAAACCCAGUACAGCAUCCAGAUCCAGGAUGUGGACGUGUAUGAUGAGGGCCCCUACACCUGCUCUGUGCAGACAGACAAUCACCCCAAGACAUCGCGUGUCCAUCUCAUCGUGCAAGUGUCUCCAAAAAUCACCGAGAUCUCUUCUGACAUCUCCAUCAACGAGGGCGGCAACGUCAGCCUCACCUGCAUAGCCACGGGCAGGCCAGACCCAACAAUCACCUGGAGACACAUCUCACCCAAAGCUGUGGGCUUCAUCAGCGAGGAUGAGUACCUGGAGAUCACGGGAAUCACACGGGAGCAGUCGGGAGAGUACGAGUGCAGCGCCUCCAACGAUGUCUCAGCGCCCGUCGUCCAGCGAGUCAAAGUCACCGUCAACUACCCGCCGUACAUCUCGGAUGCGAAGAGCACUGGGGUGCCGGUGGGGCAGAAGGGCAUCCUGCUGUGUGAGGCCUCUGCCGUCCCCUCCGCCGACUUCCAGUGGUACAAAGAUGACAAGCGACUGGCUGAAGGACAGAAAGGGCUGAAAGUGGAGAACAAAGCCUUCUUCUCCAGACUGACUUUCUUCAAUGUCUCUGAGCAGGACUACGGCAACUACACCUGUGUAGCCUCCAACCAGCUAGGGAACACCAAUGCCAGCAUGAUCCUCUACGAAGAGACAACUACCGCUCUGACACCCUGGAAAGGCCCUGGCGCAGUGCACGACGGGAACAACGGUGCGUGGCGGCGAAGCGGCUGCGCGUGGCUGCUGCUCCUCCCGCUUGCCCACCUCGCCCGCCAGUUUUGACCCAAGAGCCGGCCCGCGGAGUAGCGGCAGUGACGACCACGGCCAGCGAGCGCAAGCAGAAAGGAGAGGAAGAAAAGAAGAAGAAGUGUUCACCGUUUCCGAAAAUAAUCAUAAGAAUUGAGAGAGUAUCCGGCCAGGCCACCUGGGGGAGGGGGAGAGAGGAAAAACAUGCAAAAAAAAAAAAAAAAAAAACCACUACGGGAAUUUGGAAUGGAGAGACAAAGGAAAAAAUUAAUAAUCCAAGGCUUCCUGCUGAAGAUGCAAUGCGACUGAGUCUUUUUCUUUUUGCCCUUUAUUUUUUUUUUUGUCCCCUACCACUUUUUCCCCCUAUUUUCGUUGUUCUCUGCCACGGGCCAGCGUGGAGGAUGGACGGGGCCAUCGGAGUGUGGCACUUGUCCCCUGCCCUGUCCUCUUCACUGCCGCCACCCGCCUGCUCCCUCCCGUGGGACCCUCCAUCCAGACACACCGGUUUUCUCCUUUGCCAAGAGUUCCCCGUCUUCUCAUGGACUGUGCUGCCAUUUGUGUUUCAGAAUAUAUAUACAUAUAUAUAUAUAUAUCUCCAUGUAUACAUAUAUAUAUGUAUAGAUAUAUAGAUCUUCAACAGUUACCACACCACCACGAAAGGAAAGGGAGGAAGGAGACCGGCGUCGAGCCACAUUUUCAUCGUACCAUCUGUGGACAUCGUGAAUGAUAAGGGAUUCUGAGUCAUGGUUAAUUUUAUUAAUUGUAUUUUCUGAUAUGAGCCUAGAACUCUUAGUUCCUAAAAAACAGAAAUGCAAAAAAAAAAAAAGAGGGGGAAAAAAAGAAAAAAAAAAAGAGGAAAAAAAAAACAAUCUAGGAGAGGGGGAGCAAGCGGAGAGAAGUUUGUUUGCCGAGGAGAAGACCAGCCAAGGAGGUUUGUGAGCCCAGCGAGGAGGAUGAGGAGGAGUCCUGUGCUGAAACACCCCCAAAACCGGCCCAAAAGCGGUCGUCUGGACAGUUCCUGCCGAGGGCACAGACGACACUCGCCGCGCGUUGAGGUGGAGGGAGAUACUGAAUCUUUUUAUGGGAUAUAUAUAUACAGUAUAUAUAAAUAUACAUAUAUAUAUAUAUAUAAUUUUCUUUUUUGUUAGAGUUCUAGCCACAGUUCCCAGCAGGGUCCUUCCGCUGCCAUUACUGCAUGCUGUAUAUGGAGUUAGGUGUGUAUCGGUUCUCAACGAGACAAGCAUCUCGGUCCACACAUCCCUGAACCCCCUCGCCUUUCCACCCUCGGGUCACCGGGGACAAAGGGUCAUGGGGGACCAAGGCCCCUCUCUGUCACUUUUUGCCGCAUGGCCCUGGCCUUUUCGCGGUGGAAUAAAGCGAGCCGAGGGACAGAGGGAGAUCUAUAUAGC